GCUGAAAGGACUAUCCUCCCAGGAGCUGCGGCGGAGCGCUCCUCCUCCUCCACCACCACCAGUACCAUCACCAACCGCUUCCUCCUCCCUGGAGAAAAGCGCCGCCUGAACCGCGCGCAAUAACGACACUCGCCUUUGCCAAAGCUCGGGCAGGCGCGCGCUCGCUGGCUCGCUCGGUCGCAUUGCACCUGGCAGCUCCAGGACCUCGGGAGGAGACGGACGCAGAAUAAGCAACAAUGAGGAAAUCCCUUGCGACCAGUUGGAUUUUACUUCUCCUUCUCCUGCUCCAGAUGGAUCCCUCUCUUUCCAAGAAGAAGCCUAAACCUGGUGGUGGCUGGAACACCGGGGGCCAACGCCCACCUGGUUACCCCCAGCAACAUCCUCCAAACAGACCUAAUUAUCCACAAGGUGGUUACAAUCAACCUUAUCCUGGGUAUGGAGGAGGCUACGGAGGUGGCUAUGGAGGUGGUUAUGGAGGUGGCUAUGGAGGUGGCUAUGGGGGCAGCCAGUAUGGCAAGCCCUGGAAGCCCAAACCAGCCAAGCCCAAAAUGAAGCAUGUGGCAGGAGCAGCUGUAGCCGGAGUUGCAGCAGGUGCACUGGGUGGUUACCUCUUAGGCCGUUCCAUGUCAAACAUGCAGUUUAUGUUUAACAAUCCUUCUGAGCAGCAGUGGUGGUAUCAAAACCGCGACCGCUACUCCGACCAAGUUUACUACCCAAAGUAUGACCAAACAGUUUCAAGGGACGUCUUCGUGAGAGACUGCACGAAUCUCACCGUGACCGAGUACGUCGAGCCCAGCGGGAACAGGACAGCGGAUGAAAUGGAAAGAAAGAUGGUGACGCAAGUGGUACACCAGAUGUGCACCGAGCAAUACAGGUUGAUGUCAGGUGUCACUUCGCUGCUUGCCAACCCUUCUGUGCUUGUAAUGGUUACACUGAUUUUAUGUUUCCUGAUACACUGAGUUGCUUUCCUGAAGGUUCUCUCUUGUUGAGCUAGCAAUGUGGAGAAGGGAACUCUAUAAAGCAUACACCUGGUGGGAGAAUACAUUCUUGUAUGUGCAAUUUUUAAUGGGUGUGUUUAAGAGUUGUUCUAUCUCUUAAGUAUUCUUGAACAUACUGGCUUCUUCUGACAUGGUCCCUUCAUAACCACCUGUGAUUCUGUCUUUAGCUGCAAAACAGUUUUGGGUGGGGAAAAGGAGGGACAUAAGAAUAUUUUAUAACAAACCCUACCCUGGUAGAAAUCUCACUCCAUUCUCAAAUACUGACCCUUGAGCCUGCGCUUACACACAAUAUAGCAACAUACAUAAGAAUGGCCAAGUAAUUUUUGGCCAGCUACUAUUACAUUGCACCUUGCUAGAAAACUUUUUUUUUUUUUACUUUUAUAUUUAAUGCAGCAAUCAUUUUGCAUUAUCACAAAGUCUGGCUUCCCAAAGGACCAAGUAUAUCUUCACAAGGAAGGGUUUGCAUUUUUUAAAGGGCUUUGGCAACCAGAGCUGAUCUGUAUGAUAGCCUUGGAGCUCUUGAGUGACUCAUUCACCAUGACUGAUUCACAUAUGGACAUUUUGAAGGCUAUUCCACAUGUAAGAAAAACUUAUUGCCUAUGAAGCAUAAUUGCUGCAGAUACACAGCAUGUGAUUAAUCUUGCUGAAGGCAAGUAGCCUUGAAACAAAGAUACCAUGGUGGAAAUAUUUUAUUCAGAGCAAAAGAGAAAUGACAGUUUUUGGGAGGUGAAGGAGCAGGUUGAACUAUUAUUUCUGUUUAGAUUUCCAGAAAUUUAAAGCUACUGAAAAUUGUUAAUUGCCAUAGUGGCACUUCAGAGUUCAAGGGUAUGAUGAAAAAUGACCUUAUGAGUAGACUAAGAAUAUGAAAUAUAUAUAUUUAUCUUCCAAAGAGGACUUCAAUUUCUCUCCUUGAAAUGAUAAUUGUUCUGAUUCAAAUCAGAUAAGCUUAUCAGAAAGCUAAUAUUAAUUCAAUUAACAUUAGGAGUAAGAAAGCAUGCAGUAGAUCCUUGGACCCACAAUAUCACUAGGAAAUUUAAGGUUUUAACUGUGGAGAACUUUGGAAUUAACUUUCACUUCCAGUACCAAAGUUAUUUUCAUUGGCUUCUUUAGAAAGUCAAAGAAAUAUUUACAAAGAAAUGUAGAUUUGUCUGUGGAACAACUGAAUAAACCUGACAGUGCUAAUUCACAGAACAUUUUUGUGUGGGGAAAUCACUCAUGCCAUCCACGCUGAUGUCUCAGCUGGCCCCAAUACUGCUAGUUAGAACAUAAAACACAGAAUCAUUGGGCUGGAAGGGUCUUAUAGUCCAACCCCUUGCUCCAGGCAGGAGACUUUAUACCAUCCCAGUCAAAGGGUUGUCCAAUCAAUUAAGCAAGAUUGUCUUCAGCUACAGGCCAGAAUAAGAAAUUCACGGAUGGUCUUCUAAUGCAGGGGGUCUCCAACCUGCUUUGCUGGCUGAGGGAUUCUGGGAGUUGAAGUCCACAAGUCUUAAAGUUGUCAAGGUUGGAGACCCCUGUUCUAAUGAACUUUGAGAGCAAGAGCCUAAAGUUGAGCUUGGGAACUGAUUUUGCGAAAUCGGGUUUGGCAUUUGGCAUACUGAGGAACUAUGCUAGAAUUAUUCUUUAAACAAGAUUGCUAUGAACACCUUGCUCUUUCCACACCUUGCUUUGGCUUUCUUAUUGUUUUAUUUAGUUCCUUGAGGUUUGGGAUGCAAAAGCUGACAUGGCCUCCACAAAUGUCACAUUUUUUUACCAAAUAUUUGUUAGCAGAGUUUGUGUUUGUUAUUUCUCCGUUAUAUACAGCAAGGCUUAAAAAUAUUACUGCUACAAACACAACAGCCACUGGAAUCCAGCUAGUUUGAAGAUGCCAUAGUCAUUUAAUUUUAAGACCUAACUGAAAAUCGUACUUUGGGCUAAUAGUUUUGUCUGUCCUAAUGCUUUCAGCCUACGGUGGUUAUAAAGGGUAACUUUUUUAAAACUAUGGUGUAUUUCAAUUGAUUUGCUGACUGACACUGUGUUUGUACCAGAUAUAAAAUUGUAAGUGUAGUAAAAAUAUAAUGGGAUAUGCUCAUCACCUACUGAGUAUAUCUGGUAUAUAUGAAUAUUUUGCCAGGUGAUUAUGUAUAUGGGAAUGUGUGCUAGUUAUUACUUAUUUGGGUUUAGGGAUUUAUUUUUCUUUUAUUUAUUGAGUUGUAUUCUGUGUUUUGGGGAGGUUGCACCAAGGGAGGCUCAUUCAAUCUCAUUGAACACAUGUUGUGCAUUGACAAUAAAAGUUUGAUUUGAUUUGAUUUGAUUUGAUAUUGUAAAGGCCAACUUUAAAUAUUGUUGUUUUAAUAUAAGAGCAAAAAAACUAAAUUGAAGAGAAUGUUGGAUUUUGAAGUGACAUAUCAGUUGUCAUCAGGAUAUUUUGUAACUCUGUAACUAUGCAUGGGCUUCAUUUUGAUUUGCAUUUUUUUUAAAUUAAAUGUUUGAUAUAAAGUUAAAAAUAAAAUAUGAGAAAUAAA